AUGUUGAGGGCGGCGAGAAGCCACUUUUGGGCGUCGGGGCUAAGGGCUGCUACCAAGGGCGUCGUUUUCGACCUCGGAGGCGUCGUUAUUCCAUCCCCAACUCCGAUCAUCAAAGAUUUCGAAAAGAAGAUCAAUUUGAAGAAGAACACCAUCGUCAAAUGUCUCAUCAAAAAUGGCGAUGAAUCUGCUUUCAGCGCCUUCGAAAGAGGAGAACUUCUCCCGAAAGAAUUCGAAGCUGCUUUUGGGAAGGAACUUUCCGAAUUUACCGGGCAGAAGGUAGAUGUUACGGGCUUUGUGGAGUUCUUGGAGUCGAAGAUUUCUGAACCGAUUCCUGAUGCGAUUGAAGCUAUUCAGACCUUGAAAAGCUUGGAUUACAAAAUCGGUAUCUUGACAAACAACUGGAAAAACGACGAUGGUCGGAGUUUCAUCAUGAAAGAGGACCUUUUUGACGUCGUUGUCGAAUCUGCCAAGCUCGGGACCCGAAAACCCAACAGGGAUAUUUACGAAAAGAUAAUUUCUGAAAUGGAAAUGGCACCUGAAGAUCUCGUCUUUCUCGACGAUAUUGGUAAGAACCUCAAAGUAGCGAAAGCAUUGGGUAUCCAGACGAUAAAGGUAGAAACUGGAAAGCCGCAAAAAGCAAUUCAUGAGCUGUCAGAAAUAAUUGGGCGAGACCUGGUUGGCUGGCCAUCAACAACGACUCCGCUUCGACCUGGAUUGGAACUCGAUGAAGCAAAGUUGAGACAACUUUUGAAAGAAAAGCUUGAUCUUGAAGCGGAUGAGCUAAUUCUUCGGCAAUUUGAUCAUGGUCAAUCGAACCCGACGUAUUACAUCAAAUACGCAGGCGAAGAGCUUGUUUUGAGGAAGAAACCUCCUGGAAAGCUUUUGAAGGGGGCACACGCUGUCGAGCGAGAAUACAAAGUCAUGAGCGCAUUGGGGAAAGCAGGUGUUCCUGUACCGACUAUGCGAUGUCUCGUUGAAGAUGAAUCGAUUCUCGGAACUCCGUUCUACAUCAUGGAUUUCUCGAAAGGUCGAUUGUUCAAGGACGCUGGUUUGGCCGAAGUUCCAAAAGAACAGCGAAAAGAUUGCUACAAGGCUGUUAUCGAAGCACUAGCAGCUGUUCAUGACGUAAAUCCUCUAGAAAUCGGACUGAAGGGGUACGGGAAAGAUAAGGGUUAUCUUGCCAGAACAGUGAAGACAUGGACUAAACAAUAUCGUGCAGCGGAAACCGAGGAAAUCGAAUCAAUGGAGAACCUAGCCGAAUGGCUGGGUGAAAAUGUCCCUCGACAACAACUUCCACUUUCCGUCGUGCACGGCGAUUUCCGAAUGGACAACUGCAUCUUUCAUCCUUCCGAAAAUCGUGUCAUCGGUGUUCUUGAUUGGGAGCUCUCUACCCUUGGGGACCCGCUGGCUGAUUUGGCCUACAUGUGCAUGCAACAUCAUCUUCCAUCAACAGGGCAGGGUCUUUCUGGCGUUUCAGAUCUUGAUUUGGAGGAAGAGAUGAUUCCAACGGUGGAUGAAAUUGUCGAUUAUUACAAAAAAGUUCGAGGGCUGAAGGUUGAUUUUGACCUUGAUUACUAUCUGGCUUUUUGUUUCUUCCGAUUGGCCGCUAUCUGUCAAGGUGUUUACAAACGAGCUCUGCAGGGAAACGCGAGCAAUAAAGAGCUAGGAAUGACUUUCGGUCCGCUGGUUCACCUCAUCUCUGGAAUGGGAACGCAUUUUAUGGAUCGAUCAAUUGAAAACAAAACCACCGUCCAAGAAGAGCUUCGUAGAUCUAGCGAACGUCUGAUAACCAGUCCAGACGAGCUCCGACCAUUCGCCAAGCGAGUGUACAACGAUGUCCGCGAGUUCGUCCACGAAGAAAUUCUACCGAAAGAACACGAGCUUGGCGCUCAAGAAUUCGACGACAAACUCAGAUGGACUCAACCAACAAUCAUGGAAGAGCUCAAAUCAAAGGCCAAAGCUGCUGGUCUCUGGAAUUUGUUCAUUCCUUUCAAUAUCGACGAAGACAUGCGAUAUGGCAAGGGAUUGACAAAUCUCGAAUAUGCUUUUAUGGCAGAAGAAAUGGGGCGAACCCUUUUUGGUUCAGAACCUUUCAAUUGCUCUCCUCCUGACACAGGGAACAUGGAAGUCCUUAUCAAAUACGGAGAAGAAGAACACAAGGAAAAAUGGCUCGAGCCUCUUCUCAAUGGUGAGAUUCGCAGCUGUUUUGGAAUGACAGAGCCAGCAGUGGCAUCUUCUGAUGCGACGAAUAUUGAAAGCAGCAUCGUAAAGGCUGGCGAUGAAUAUGUCUUGAAUGGAAGAAAAUGGUGGACAACGAUGGCUUUGCAUCCACAUUGCAAGCUGUGCAUUUUCAUGGGCAAAACGGACUUCAAUGCAAAACGGCAUGUUCAACAAAGCAUGAUUCUUGUGCCAAUGGAUUCUCCUGGUCUUGAAAUCGUUCGACCGCUGACAACUUAUGGUCACUACGAUGCUCCAGGGGGACAUGCAGAGCUGAACUUCGACAACGUCAGGGUUCCAGCAGAGAACCUUCUUGUUGGCGAAGGAGCUGGAUUUAUGAUCGCUCAAGGUCGUCUUGGGCCCGGUAGAAUUCACCAUUGUAUGCGACUUAUUGGACAUUGCGAGCGAUCAAUUGACUUGAUGAAAGAACGGCUAAAGAGUCGUGUGGCCUUUGGCAAGCCGCUGUCCGAGCAGGGAGUUUGGAAGGAGCGAGUUGGCAUGAGCAGAGUUCAAACUGACCAAGCCCGGCUUAUGACUCUUUUGGCAGCGCAUAAGAUGGACACUGUUGGAGCUAAAGUUGCGGCAAAGGAAAUUGCGAUGAUCAAAGUCAUCGCUCCAAACGUCGCGCAAACUGUGAUCGAUCAUGCCAUUCAAGCUCACGGAGCCGCAGGAAUGAAUCACGACCUCCCAUUCUCUGGAAUGAUGACUUGGGCGCGAGCUCUACGCCUGGCCGAUGGCCCGGACGAAGUUCAUCUUCAGGCGAUUACGAAGCUUGAAAUGAAAAAAUAA